ACGAGAGUUGUCUCCCUUAGCUGCAGCGCUGCCUGGCGGCUUCCAAGUAAAAACGAUGCCGAGUGGACAUGCCCAAGAUAUGCCUCCUCCGGGGGGCUAUAGCAACAUAGAAUGGGCAAAGAAAUUUCCGAAAAGCAGAUUUAGUGGUUAUGCACAGUUUGGUAUCUUCAUUGGAUUUACAUCAGCAGCCUGGAUAGCAUAUUACUUUCAACGAAGAAGAAAGGACCAGCUUGCUCUUGAGAUGAGGGAGGCACGGUUAGCCAUUGUACCCCUCCUCCUGGCAGAACAGCAAAGACUGUUCCUGAAGCAGCUGCGGGCUAACCGAGAUGAGGAGAACGAGCUGAUGAAGGAUGUGCCCAACUGGAAGACGGGCACACUCUGGGGGGAGCCAGUGUACCACAACAUCGCAAACCGAUUCAUUAUGCCAUCCUCAGAAGAGUUCUUCGCUCACUGCUCCUACAGGCAAAAGUAUUUAGCUGUCAAUGAAAAGUUAAAGCAUUAACGUGUGACUGUGUAGGCUUUGGGUAUUUUUGAAAGGGACAAACUGCAUUGUUCUGUGCUACGGGAUGAGAAAAAAGUGCUGAGUUUAAGACAGAGGUGCACAUGUUCCUGUCAUCUGUGAGAUGUUUCGAUGUUUGGAAUCUUUAUGCACUUGUGAGAAAUAGUAUCUGUUUGAAUAAACCUUGUAGAUUAA